CCCAGCAUCGGCAGCCUCCUCACCCACUCUUUGAAACCUCAUUUCCCAUUUUCCCCAUUUGUUUGCUCUGAAAGACAAAGGGGGCAGAGAGUGGAAACAAACUCCAAUCGGUUUUCUUCCUUUCUUUCGUUCUGGUAUUUCUCAAACGAAGGCGGGGCGUGACCUGAGAUCAGCAAAGCCACUCAAACUCUAAAAUCUUGGAUUCACGAACAUGUGGAGAAGGUUAGUGACUUCACAGCUCAAAACCCUAGCAGCAGCUCCAUGCCGAUCCGCUCCUAAAACGGCGCCGCUUCCAUUCAAAUCUCACAUUUCUCCAUCCCCUUCCGCUGCUCUCCUCAUUCGCAACUUCUCCGUCGAAUCAGCGGAUACUGCUGUGAAGAAGAGGGUUGAGGAUAUAAUGCCUAUCGCUACUGGUCACGAGCGCGAGGAGCUUGCUGUUGAGGUUGAGGGAAAGAAAAUCCUUGAAGAUGUAAACUAUCCUGAAGGUCCUUUUGGCACAAAGGAAGCUCCUGCUGUCAUCAAGUCCUACUAUGACAAGAGAAUAGUUGGAUGCCCAGGAGGUGAAGGCGAGGAUGAGCAUGAUGUUGUCUGGUUUUGGCUGGAGAAAGGCAAGCCACAUGAGUGCCCAGUUUGCUCACAGUAUUUCAUGCUGGAAGUUGUUGGCCCUGGAGGACCUCCUGAUGGACAUGGCGAUGAUGAUCAUCAUCAUUAAUUGCAACUUUUUGCAGGCUUCCUAAUGGAAUAAAAUUGGAGAAGAUGAUGGAAUGAUGUCCAGUAUACAGUUGCACCUUCAAAAGUUAGAAAAAGCUUUUGUCUUGUUUGGUUUUUAUUGGCCCUUGGUUCUCGUGGCUGUUGCUCAGGCAACGUUUUGAGAUGGUAUCUCUCUGUUUUUUGUGGUUAUUUAGACACAGGGUGGUCAUCUGUUUGAACUAUGGAUCUUCUUAGGUUAACUCUAAUGCAUUGCCAAAUAAUCAAUGACUACCUUUCCAUUCUUUCAUGAAACUUGCUGGUGUUAAGUUUUGAAGGAAUCUUACCAUCUUAGAA